AUGUCCGAGUCACCGAAGUCCGAGAAAUACAUGUGCCUGACCAGGUUCAGCACCCCGGUCCCCGAAUUGGAUGAUCAUCGAUUUCAAUUAGAUGCGCCACGCCUGGAAGCCACCCCCGAUGUACCGCUGAGUCGGCAAAAUACCGUCCCGCAGGCUUUCAACCCCGAGACGCCCCAGCGCCCAGACUUGCUUAACAUCGAGGAUGCGCUUCGGGAAGCUGGGUCUCUAUCGCGUGAUUUCGAAACCGCGGUAGUGGACGAUGAUCGAUCAGACAAGGAUUUCAAUGCUAUGGGACGUCGCUUUUCAGUUGAUCCCACGGGGAACAUCCGCCACGGCCGUACCUAUAGUCGCACGCAUCAGGAUAUUGCGAACUUGUCGCGCGAGUCGUCUGUGUCUGCUCGGUCGACGUCUCCACCCAACUCGGUUGAAGCAUUCGCAGACCCGCGUCGCCGGGAGCGUGCGAAUACCUUGGAAAGCCAUGCUGCUCCAGAUUUGGAAGCCAUUCUCCAGCGCACGGUAUCUGGUGGCACACAUCCUCGUCGCCCGACCUUCAGCAACGCGAGUGUGGUUAGGCCGCAGCCUGGAGAUUUAACUUUGGAGCCAACCGAUGAUGGCUGUCUGCCGACGUUUGAACAGCCUGGCAGGAUUCCAGUGAUCGACUACGAGGAACUGGAGGAGUUCGUUGCUCUCAACCAAAAGGCGAAACCUUCCGCAAACCGGCGCAAGCACAGCGUCAGCUCGCAAAGCCAGAAGCCGCGGGUGUUCUAUGACCUUCGUCCAGGUGCUCAGAAGUCCGAGAAGGACGUGGAGAAGCGUUCGUCGAGCAUUGAGCGUUCGUCAGAAGACAUUUUGGAGUCCACUUUGGAGAAGGAUGACAAGAAGGAUUUUUCUGAAGUUGUCAACGAAAAAGAACUGUUGGCGACCCUAAAAAACGCGAAUGAGCCUACGCGCUUCGGAUUCUUCUCGUCGGAGGCACAGAGUACCGUGCAUGCUGCCGAGCUGGGUGACCUGGUUUUGCCGGGAGACACUUUCCGAGAUCUAUUCCAAUUGGGCCCGGACGGAGGUGUCUGGUGGCUUGAUGUCUUGAACCCCACUGAGGAUGAGGUGGGCGCUCUGUCCAGAGCUUUCUCUAUCCAUCCUUUGACAACAGAGGAUAUCUUGACUCAGGAAGCGCGCGAGAAAGUCGAGCUCUUCAAGCAGUAUUACUUUGUCUGUUUCCGGACAUUCUACCAGGUGGACAAGGCGGACGAGCGUUUCAUGGAGCCAGUCAAUUUCUAUAUGGUCGUUUUCCGUGAUGGGGUGCUUUCGUUCUCUUUCACCGACAACCCUCACGCCGCUAACGUCCGGAGGAGAAUUGGAAAGCUCCGUGACUAUGUAUCGCUGAGUAGUGACUGGAUCUGUUAUGCCAUGAUUUUUGGGCCCGUCAUUCGGGAAAUUGAGGUCGAGUCCGAGGCCAUUGAGGAUCUCGUGUUCAUUGCGCGUAUGGAUGACUUCGAGUCAUUCUUGCCGCGCAUCGGUGGCCUGCGCAAGAAAGUCAUGAGUCUGAUGCGUCUGCUAGGAGGCAAGGCGGAUGUUAUCCGGGGCUUCUCCAAGCGCUGCAACGAGCAGUACUCGGUGACGCCGCGUGGCGAUAUCGGUCUCUACCUGGGUGACAUUCAGGAUCACGUCGUAACCAUGAUGUCCAACCUGGCGCACUUUGAGAAGAUGCUUAGCCGCUCGCAUACCAACUAUCUUGCGCAGCUGAACGUGACUAAUUUGAUGCUGGGCAAUCACGUCAACAAAGUUCUGAGCAAGGUGACGCUCAUUGCUACCAUGCUGGUCCCCAUGAACCUGAUCUGCGGUCUCUUCGGAAUGAACGUUCGCGUCCCUGGGCAAGAUGCGGCAGGACUUGGCUGGUUCUUUGGGAUUCUUGGGGUCAUCGCAGCUAUUGUCAUUCUCAGUGGAGUGAAUGACCCAGAUACCCCAUCGCUGGCCUCCAGAAGUCAUGGCCACUUCCUCUUCGGCGAAGCUAGUCCGGAAUUCAGUUUCCCACUCGCAGAAUACAACGGUUUGGAGUUUGAAGAUGCGGUAGACGAGGAGGGGGAUGCGCGCGGACUCGACUUGGUUCGCCGGGCUCCCACUGGGGUGACAUCCCUCGGAAACAACCAGUAUCAAAAUGGCACUCUAAAGAUGGGCGAGACGGAAUGGUGGUAUUUCCCCGUGAAUGGCGACGAGACCAACAGCACCUCUGAGAACAAGAAGAGUCGUGAUCUUUCCAGGCGUUCGACCACCGUUUAUCUGUCCCUCACGGCAUGCUCCAAGCCCAGCCACAACAACACGGAUUCCACCAGCACAGCAGCCGUACCGCAGCUGACAGUCUACGCAUCUGAAUCGAUAGAGAAGCCUGGGCCUGACAAGUCCGAGUCCGACCAGACAAUAAAAUCAGCGGAGGAGGGCUAUGUAGGCAUGACCCUCACGGCAAAUGGCGAUGUCUAUGUCGGAGUGACGGCUCCCAAUAGCACCGAAUACUCUGGUUCUUUCACCUACCAGAUUGCGGCCUCGACCGAUGCUUAUUUCCAUAGUGUCGACGAGAGUGAUCAGUUCAUGUUCUUAGUUGAUUCGGACACUGGGGCAGCGCUUCUGACAACUAGGAAUCUCACCAACUCCGAUCUUACGUCGCAGAACUACAGUUCCUGGAUGGACAUGACACCUCCAUACACAAUGUUCGCCAACAAUAUCAACAGUACGUCCAUAUCGGGCUUGGAACGGUCAUUCUGCGCUCUCGAUUCGCUGGCGCAGAUCGGGAAAAGCGAGGUUGAGACGAGCAUAACUACCCGGGGUGCAGUAGACAGGCCAACCGAGCAGCUCUAUGUCACCGGUCUUAAUAAGUCAUCUACCUACUACGGAAUCAUGGCUCGUGAGGGUAAUUCCACCGAAUGGGGCAAUGGAAUCGUAGGAGGUGGAGGAAAAGUAUGGCCACGCAUGAAUUUCACAACCAAAACAGAUGACAACUGUGCCGUUGUAUACGACCUGCCAUUCUGCUCCGAAGUCGCCUACGCAGUGCCAUCCAACCCCUCCAUCAACAUGACAGAGCUGCGAAAGAUCUACGACGACAAUGCAGCAUCUUUCUAUAAGAACUUCAGCUACUCCCUCCAACAAGUUCAAUGCAACACCUCCAGCGAGAGCUUGUUCUCUCUCGCCGUAUCCUGCGACACCUGCGCCGACGCAUACAAGCAGUGGCUCUGCGCCGUGACAAUCCCCCGAUGCGCAGACUUCUCCAGCAACGCCACCUUCCUUCAAAUCCGUAAUGCAGGCCAGCCCUUCCUCAACGGCACCUCAAUCACCAACUCCUCCCUCCUGAAAAGUCCCGCUACGAACAACUCCCGCAACCCCUUAAUCGACAGCAAGAUCCGCCCCGGUCCGUACAAGGAAGUUCUCCCCUGCCAGGGCGUCUGCCACAGCCUUGUCCGAAAUUGCCCUUCUAUUUUAGGCUUCAGCUGUCCAGAAGGCCCGCGGGCGAAUGUCUCGUACGGCAUGCGCGACCCUAAUGGUGACAUCACGUGCAGUUAUCUAGGAGCAGCGUAUUACCUUAAUGCUGUUUCCAGUUUGCAUGAGAGCAUAUGGAUCUCCCUGUAUAUGGUGAUAGGUGUUUGGACUUCGUUCUGGAUUCUUGGGUAG